CUCUUAGGCAAAGCUCACUCCUUGACCAUUCAAUCGGUCAUCCUUGUACUUUACCCGAGAUCUAGUCCUGCAACAAAGCAAAAACAUGCAUUUGAGCGAAAAUGAAGGCAUCGAAGGCAACAUCUUCGUUGUGACGGGUGGACUCGGGUUCGUUGGCUCAGCUCUUUGCUUGGAGCUCGUGCGCAGAGGUGCUCGCCAAGUUCGAGCCUUUGACCUCCGACACCACUCACCUUGGUCGGACCAACUCACAAACCAUGGCGUCCGCAGCAUCCAAGGCGAUCUUGUCUCAAAAAAAGAUGUUGAAGAUGCUCUCCGUGGUGCCGAUUGCGUUUUUCACUUGGCUUCUUAUGGGAUGUCAGGGAAAGAAAUGCUUCAGUUUUCUCGUGUCGAUGCGGUGAAUAUCAAUGGAACCUGCCAUGUCUUGGAGGCUUGCAUCAAAUCGGGGAUCACGAGGCUUGUUUAUGUCAGCACAUAUAAUGUUGUGUAUGGUGGGAAGGAGAUUGUCAAUGGCAAUGAGGCCUUGCCCUAUUUCCCUAUUGAUGAUCACGUUGAUCCAUAUGGGCGAAGUAAAUCGAUUGCGGAGCAAUUGGUUCUCAAGUACAACGGUCGACCUUUAAAGAAGAAUAGUGGGAAACGUCUUUAUACCUGUGCGGUUCGUCCAGCUGCUAUAUAUGGACCUGGUGAAGAGCGACACUUUCCUAGGAUAGUAUCCAUGGCAAAGUUGGGUUUGGUUCCGUUCAAAAUAGGUGAUGCUAAUGUGAAAACAGAUUGGGUUUAUGUGGAUAACCUGGUACUCGCACUACUUUUGGCAAGCAUGGGACUUUUAGAUGACAUUCCUGGAAAAGAAGGGCGUCCAGUUGCCGCUGGUCAGCCUUACUUCAUAUCUGAUGGAUCUCCAAUAAACUCUUUUGAAUUCAUCCGACCAUGUUUAAGAAGUCUAGACUACGACUUGCCAAAGUCCUGGCUUGCUAUUUCGCAUGCUCUUUUUCUGGCAAAGAUUUUCUGGGCUUUAUACUCGAUGUUAUAUCCAUUUUUGAAUCGAUGGUGGCUUCCUCAGCCCUUCAUUCUUCCUGCUGAAGUAUACAAGGUUGGUGUUACGCAUUACUUCUCAUUCCUUAAAGCACAGCAGGAGCUUGGAUAUGUUCCAAUGGUGAGUCCUCGUGAAGGCAUGGCUGCAACUAUCUCAUACUGGCAGGAUCGGAAGAGGAAAAGUUUGGACGGACCUAUGAUAUAUCCGUGGAUAUUGAUUGUGACUGGAAUGUUUCUACACUUUGCUACUGCUUGGUUCCCACCCAUAGGACCACUGUCACUCCUUAGAUCAAUUGGACUUUUCUUGUUCCGAUCGAUGUUUGGUAUACGGCUGGCGUUUUUCUUAGCUGUUGCAGCACAUGUCGGAGAAGCCAUGUACGCAUGGCGGGUGGCAAAAAGGGUUGAUCCUGUUAAUGCAAGAGGAUGGUUUUGGCAGACUUUUGCGCUCGGGUUUCCCUCGUUACGGUUACUAUUGAAGAGAGCGAAAAAAGCAGCGUAGCAUAAGUAUUGCUUGUGUCAUUGUACUUUCAACUUUACUGUGGUAGAUCUCGAAUGGUUUGUUUGGUUUAAACUUUGUGAAAUGACUUACCCCACUCCCCAAACAAAGUUGGAGAAAGUUUCGCCGAA